CACUUGCUCUUGCGCCUAGCCCUUCGUUAGUCUCACACUGCUCUGUUCUUCGUCUAACAUUACCAGUUUUCUUUUAGAUUAAAUUAUUAUUAUUUUCUUCGAAAUUUAGGUUAUCGUGUAAUUUCCCCCAAUUGUAGUUUUUGAUUCAGUCAGAGCCAUUGUUGUUUCGAGGGUUAGGAGGUGUGGAUUCUUCCUUUCAAUUUCCCACCUGUACUUUCAAAAUACCGCCAAUUUCUCGCUCCAUCUUUCUGUACAAUUUGCCCCCAAAUUAACAUCUUUUGAUUCCGAUUUCAAUCUGUAUACAGAAAUUGAAUACUUUUAGGGUUAGGGUUCUUUUGGAUUUUGAAGUUUUGGGACACAGAUCAAGAAAAAUUAAAAAAUAUUUGUUUUUUGGGAUAUUUUAUUUUAUUUUUUAUAUUUAGCUUUUGAGUGAUGGAUAAUAAGAAGAAGGUGGCGGUUCCGCUGGUUUGCCAUGGUCAUUCGCGUCCGGUGGUGGAUCUGUUUUACAGUCCGGUUACUCCUGAUGGGUUCUUCCUCAUCAGUGCCAGUAAGGAUUCGAGUCCCAUGCUGAGAAACGGAGAGACUGGAGAUUGGAUUGGAACGUUUGAAGGGCACAAAGGUGCAGUGUGGAGUUGCUGCUUGGAUACUAAUGCCCUACGUGCUGCAACUGCUUCUGCAGAUUUCUCUGCGAAAGUUUGGGAUGCAUUAUCAGGAGAUGUGCUACACGCAUUUGAACACAAGCAUAUUGUUCGAGCCUGUGCUUUUUCAGAGGAUACACACCUUUUGCUAACCGGGGGAGUCGAGAAAGUUAUCCGUAUAUAUGAUUUGAAUCGUCCGGAUGCCCCUCCAAGAGAAGUGGAUAAAUCCCCAGGCUCAGUCAGAACUGCUGCGUGGCUCCACAGUGACCAGACCAUACUAAGUUCUUGUACUGAUAUGGGAGGUGUUAGAUUAUGGGAUGUAAGAACUGGUAAAAUAGUCCAAACACUGGAGACCAAAUCAUCUGUGACCAGUUCUGAAGUUAGUCAAGAUGGUCGUUAUAUUACUACUGCUGAUGGGUCGACUGUGAAGUUUUGGGAUGCCAACUACUUUGGGUUGGUGAAGAGCUACAAUAUGCCGUGCACAGUAGAAUCAGCUUCGCUGGAGCCAAAGUUUGGGAACAAAUUCAUUGCUGGGGGAGAAGAUAUGUGGGUUCAUGUGUUUGAUUUCCAUACUGGUGAAGAGAUCGCAUGCAACAAGGGUCACCACGGUCCUGUUCACUGUCUGCGUUUCUCGCCCGGAGGGGAGUCAUAUGCCUCGGGAUCUGAAGAUGGAACCAUAAGAAUAUGGCAGACCCCUUUGACUCCAGAAGAAACCGAAACACUGGUAGCAAAUGGACCAGUUGGAAACGUGAAAGUACCCGCGGAAGAGGUUUCUCGCAAGAUUGAGGGCUUCCACAUCACGGACGAGGGGAAAGCGAAAGAGAAGGAAGAGGCGGCAGGGAAUGAGUAAACUGGUCCAAGAGUAUUUGUAGCCCAUGCCUGUCAUAGUUGACGAUCUAUCCAUCCUACUUUGAUUACUUAAUUACAUAGACUAAAACGAUAAUUUUUGUACAAGUUUUAGCUCACUGUUUUUCGUUACCGAAAUGUCGACCGGACAAAUGAAUCGUUACUGCUAUUCAGAUUACCUAAAAAUUAAGACCCGAUAUCGCCCCCA